AACAGCGUGAGGCUAUUGGCUUGGUGGUGACAUUUGACCUUGCUUUUCCUUGACUGGUUGGGAGACCCCCCCAAGUUUGGAGCAUCUGUACAUGGAAUAUGAAGAGGAUGAUGAUAUUUCCUUUGCAAAAUGGAUGAGCAGCUUCUGGGGCCACAACUUGAUCGAUGAGAAUGAGAAAGAGGGUAGAGGCCACAAGAAACGUCAGACACGACCCUUUAGUGAAAGGAGAGCCUCCCUUCCGGCCAGUCUUUCCUCCCUCCAUACAACACGACUUCAUGCCUCUACCAAAGGCUCAUCUUCAGGGCACCUCAAAGGCUCCAAGGAAUUUCAAGAAGACCAAGAUGUCAAAUGCAACUGCCACAGGAAGGCAAGCAGAAUACCUUCAGCAGACAGCUCAUGCCCAGAGACAAGAACAAACUCCAUCCAGGAAUUUGCAGAGUCCUUUGAAAAGCAAUUGCAUCUCAAAAGCAAACGCUCAGUUUCUUUGCAAUCUGAAGGCAUGAAGGAGAGAAGAGAAAGAGAGAGAUUGCAUUUGGGAAAAAACAAGUCUCAAAAGAGAAUGGGAGAGAAAUCAGAGCCAAGGAGAGAGCCGAAAGAAGAUGAAGGUUCAGAAGUUGUACCUGCAAAACACAACAAACAGUUUCCAUCACAAGCAAGUACUGAGAAAGGAUAUUUAUGCACAGGCAGCUAGAAUGCAUUGGGAUAAUGAAUUUUAACACUCUACCUGAAGAGCAGAGGGAGCAUUCUUGUUUUGUUUUGACUAGAAGAGGCCUGUUAGCUAGAAUAAACCCUGACCUAUAAAAUAAAAGUAAAAUUCAACUGCAUCAUU